AUGGAUGAUCUUAAAACAGUUCCAUACAUAAUGUCAAAAUUCCUGGUUCUUGCUUUGUUCGUCGUUGGAGCGUGCUCCAUGCAUUUGAACAGUUACAAUCCGUGCUAUGACAACAACUGUAAUGGAAACUUUAACCGGCCAUGUCAAGGAUACGAAUGCAAUAUAUUAAGUGGAAGAUCAAUGCAAAUGCAAAAUCAGAUGCAAAUGCAAAACUCGUUGCAAAUGCCAAUGCAAACACCGAUGCAUAUGCCAAUGGAACUGACAAAUCCAAUGUCAAUGCAAAUGCCAAUUUCAAAGCAAAUGCAAAUGCCAGUACAACAAAUGCCAAUGCAAAGUCCAAUGCAAAUGCCAGUACAAAUGCCAAUGCAAAGUCCAAUGCAAAUGCCAGUACAAAUGCCAAUGCAAAGUUCAAUGCAAAUGCCCAGGCAAAUGCCAUUGCAAAUGCCGAUGUCAAUGCAAAUGCCAAUGUCAAUGCAAACGUCAUAUCAACAAAACCGGUUACAAGGAAGCUGCAAGUCACCGUGCCCACUUGGAGGUUGUUCAGGAAAGUGCUACAACAUAUUUAAUCCAGGCUGCAGCACUUGUUCUACUCUGUAUUAAAUAGUUCAAACUGUAUUAUAUGUUUUAUUCUCAUUAAAAUUACAACAAUAAUUAACGUUAAAUAAAUGUUGAUAAUAUAAUUUCCUUCUAUUUGUAGUUUCUAAAGUUGGCCAUUAUAUUUUCAUUUCAAAUUCAUCAAUCUAUCCACUAGGACAAUAAGCUGUUACAAUACCAUUGUUCAGGGGGCAACUAAAAGAUUAGUCCAGCAACCAUUCGAAAAAUCUGAUAUAUUAACAUAAAGUUCACCCUGAGAUACAUUAUUACGGC